AUUUUGCUGUAUUCCGUUUUAUUCGGUUGCAGACAGUGAGAUACAUAGGUAAUGCGUCGGUCGGUUGUUAAUUUAACUUUUCCACGAUUUCAAGAGUAAUCAAAUAGAGAGUAUCAUUUAUAUAUAUAUCUAUAGAAAAACUAUAUAUAUACUUUUAGAUUGUAUGUAUAACUAAAAGAAAAAUAAAAAAAAAACAUAAUAGAACAUCAAUCUAAGUACAACAAUAACCAGUUUAAAAUUUUAAAAAUUUGCAUAAAGUUAAAAAAAAUUGAAAUAAAUAAUUUACAUAUCGCAAUAAAGUUAAUGAAAAGAAAUGAAAUAAAAUAAAUUAACAAAUUAAGUUAAAACAAUAGAAAUUGCCAAGAAAUAUUAAGAAAGAAGGAGGUAUUAGAAAUAAAAUAAAAAAAAACAAAAUCAAAAGUGUAUUAAAGUGAAAUUUGGUGUUAUUGUUGUUGUUUCCAUCCACUCCGCGUAAAAUUUUUGUUUGGUACGCAUUAUGUUCCUGCCUUUUCGAUUUCCUUGCCAAAUACACAAAAAUCAAUAAAAAGGACAAUUGAGAACGUAGCACAACAACGACUACGAGGGUCUUAUAACGGACAACGGCCUCAUGGAUUGUGUUAGUUCAUAUUUAACGUUACGCCAGUGUGGAUGUGUAAAAGAUGUGUUUGUUGUUUUUAAUUUCAUCAGAAUGUAAAAAGCAAUUUUGAAUUUUCAGCUAAAAAAAAACAACAACAUUUACAUAGAUGAAAAAUAAAUUUAAACAGGAUAUAAAACCACAAAAUUAUAAUAAAAAAUUUUUCUUAAAUACAACCAGAAACCCCCCAACUAAUUAAGUGUGAAAGUGUUGUUUAUUUAAUCCAAUAAAAUAACAGCAAAAUAAAUAAAUAAAUUUAACAAAAAUAAAGCAACUUAUUUAAAAAACGAAAAACCUAAAAUAUCCUUUGGAAAUUGGAGCUUCUGGUAUUGUAUGUAUAGCGUAAAGUUGUGUGGUGUAGCUACCUAGUUUUCAAAGGAGAACACAGGUCGUAAAUACCAAGAACUGCGCUGAUAAACUCAAUUCAACCCCAGUGCAAAAACAAAACCAAUAUAUAAAUAUAAUACAAACAACCUGCUUAACCAGAAGAGUUACAACUCGCUCCAACCAACCAGUUUCUUUUUUUUGUGUUAAUCGAUUUCAACUGUGCCCAAUUUCCAGAGACUCACUCAGAAAUCAUGUCAUUGCAAACUAAACGGCAGCACUGCUAUUUGUGUGAUCUGCCUCGCAUGCCUUGGGCCAUGAUCAAUGACUUUUCGGAGGCCGUUUGUCGAGGCUGUGUGAACUAUGAGGGCGCCGACAGAAUUGAACUGGUCCUGGAUGCGGCCAGACAGAUGAAACGCCUACAUCAGGCGGCUAAACGCAGCCACGAAAAUGGUGAGGUACAACAGUCGUCGGUGCAGCAGCAACAGCAGCAGUCCCAGAGUCAGCAUCGUGGUGGUGGGCCCAUAAAUGUGGGUGUUGUAGGCCAACAGCAGCAGCAACAACAACAACAACAUCAUCAUAGUUAUCCUUCUCAACGAAUAGGACCGCCUCAGGCCACUCUUAUGGACUUUCCGGUCAAAAUGGAGGCUCACGAUGCCAGUGUUCGGCCAGUACGCAUUUCACACAUGACUCCUCAUCACAUGUCUAUGUCAAAUAGAGCUGUUGCUGCGGCUGCAGCAGCUGCCAAUUCCAACAUUAAUCAAUCCCAGGUGGGAGGACCAGUACCACCCGCCUUGUCGGUCAAUCUGAAACGACCGCCCUCAGAGGAGGAUGAACAUAACCAUAACGAUGGCAGCGGUCCAUCGGGCAUUAAGCGAUCAGCCAUUGAUGAUCCUGCCUCACGGCCACCUCUUACUCGUGGCGAAUCUUUGCCGGCAGCGGUUUCUUUCAUUUCGGAACGCCCAUCUGGAUUACGCGACAAACAUCAGCCGGUCAGAGCGCCCUCAUUUGAUGCGUCCACAUUUAAACCUGGCGUAUUUCCAACAUUGCCACAUCCGGCCGUUUCGCUAGGCAAUUCGACGCCACCGGCAUUACCAACAUCUCAGCCUCAACCUCCUCCGCCACAGUCAAUAGCACCACCACCUAUGCCACAAUUAUCAACAACAGCCACCUCAGUUACCCAAUUAACUCAAAGUCCAAUGGCUAAUUUAAUGUCCAUUACAGAGACAUUGCCACCCGGAAGUCCACGUAACGGACCGAGUCCACCUGGACCACCACCACCUCGUACCGCCUCGAGAGGUAGUCAACAUUCGCCGAACAGUUCGGCAGGUUCAUCAUCUGGUCGCCGCUCAUCAGGUUCACGUCAUGUUUCAAGUACAACAGUAACCAGCUCCGAAGUUCAGGCCAAUCAAUCGUCGAACGGCCCACCACAGGGUCCGGGAGGAUCAGUGAAUAAUGUGGGUGUUAGCAGUGCAGCGGCCGCAGGGCCAUUGUCGUCACAAGCCACCGGUCCCGAUGGACAAGUGACUGGACCCACGGGCAACAGUGCUGCAGGACAACCACCUACCGGUCUAAAUAAUGCAGGCUCAGCACCAGCAGGCACAGCAGCUCCUCCACCCCCCAAUACAGCCCAAAAUACCACCCUCAAGUGCACGCUGUGCCAGGAACGUCUUGAAGAUACCCACUUUGUGCAAUGUCCUUCAGUAAAUCAUCACAAAUUCUGCUUCCCUUGCAGUCGGGAAAGCAUAAAGCGACAGAAUGGUUUGGGCAAUGAAGUAUAUUGUCCUAGCGGUGAUCGUUGUCCUUUGGCCAAUUCAACGAUACCUUGGGCGUUUAUGCAGGGCGAAAUCACGACUAUUCUAGGAGAAGAAGUCAAGGUUAAAAAGGAGCGUGAGUCUUAAUGUCCAUUUUACUGCAAAAAGCUGAGGCGAGCUUUGGAAAAAUAUUAAACAAAAUUCCCACUUUUUUCCAUUUAAAAAAAUGAUUGAGGGAAUUGAACAACAACAACUACAACAACAAUCAUUUUAUUUGGGAGGCUGGAGUCAGAGUCUCCAAAAAAAAUUAUCAUCAAGGUAGCAGUCUAAUUAAAUUAGGCUGUCUUCUUGUAAAAAAACAACUCUUAAACUCAGCCCCAACAAACUCCAUAACGUUUUUCCUCUUGCUGUUAAGAAAUUAGUGCUAAUAACCAUUCAAUAGAGUUCCAGUUAAACAAACAAAAAACACAUACACAGAAUGUUCGGCAUAUUGUAGCACAGACAUUUUGUAACUCUUGAUUGACAUCAUCUAAAUUUGAAUUGUUUUUAAAUUUGUACUCGUAUAUCUAAAGAAACAUAAUGCAGAUUUGUCUUAACAAAAGCAGAUUUCUGACAAGCAGUCAGCCGUCCCAGUGGCUGCAGAGAUCUUUGAUGUAAAUAUUAAUGAAAAAAAUACAAUAUAAUAAUAUUAAUUAUGCUUAGAGUUAUUUAAUUAUAAAAUAAUAAUAAUAAUAAUGGAAAUAAAAAAGAAAACUAAUAUUUAAAAUACAAAUAAAAGUAAUAUUAUAAUAUUAUGGUAGGACUAACUAAUUUAUGUCUAUAUGUAUAUGUAUGUAUUUAUUUAUAUAUUAUGUAUUAUGAUGUAUUUGUUAUUUGUAUGAAUAUGAAAUCAAACAUACAUUCAUUCAUUGUAUGUAUGAUGUAUGAAACAAACAAAAUAUAUUCUAAUACCAACAAUCACUUUAAAGAAAUACUAAUAAAUGUGACUAUAAAUGUAUGAAUUAAUUAUAAUAUUAAUAUUUAAACAAACAAAACAAACGUUAAACUCUAUGCUAACAUACUUUAUUUGUAUGUUUGCAUAUAUAAAUUGUUUUCAGACAAUGUGUGUCCAUUUUGUAUGAUAAAGAUACAAAUUAAUUGUAAAUGUAGUGUUGCAACCACAAUAGGCCUAGAAUAGUUAGUAUGUAGUUGCAUUCACCACAAGAGCAGAACGUGAAGAGGAAAAAUCAAACUCUCUUACAGGAAUCAUACAAUCGAUUUCUUAAUUAUACUUUUCAAAUAAAACUUGUUAUACGGAAAACUAUCCAAUAAAUCAUACAAAACAAACACGCAACAUACACCAAUUUGAAUAUUCAAUUUAUGUAUUUUUAUAGCCAUACCGAACGAUCCGGAAAACGAUACUCCUCCUUUUGUCAAAGGAUCGUUCUAAUGAUCGAAAUUUUGUAAAUUUAUUUGUAGUUGUAACUAAUUGUAGAUCUAGUAGCUGUAGCCGUAGUCCCGAAAGAAAACCCAAGUAUAUGUAAUGUACACACACACACAAACAUGCAUAUGAUUUUAGUCCUAAGUCAACAACAACAACAACAACAAAAUAACUACAAAAAUUUUCAAAAUUUUAUUUUGAAAGGCCUUAUUUUAAUUAUUAUUUAAUUUUUGGUAAAAACUACAAAAAUGAAAUGGCCCUAAAAUGUUUGCAUUAAAAACAAGAAAAUAAAACCAGAAAAUUUAAUUGAAAGAAAUGAAAAAAAAUUAUUCAAAUAUAUUCUAGAAUAGAAAUUAAGAUGGAUUUUUUGUUUUAAUUGAUACAACAUGUAUGUAUGAAUGGAUAAAUACUGUAACAUAAUGAAAAAUCAAACAAUUGACAGACAUAGACCUAUUUUCAUAAAUAAUUGUUUAUUUGUGCAUUGUUUACACUUAAGAACACAGUUUGGAAAGGAUAUUCAAAAUUACAAAUUCUUAAACUACAACUUGUAGGAAAACGUUUCAAUUUAAUUGCAAAUUUUAGGAAUAAACCCAUGUUUUAAGAAUUUUCAAUAAAAAAAUCGAUCAUGUUUGAUUUUAAAAAAAAUUCUAUAAAAUUUACGAGGAUAUUAUUUACAAAAUAUAAUUCGAAAUUUGAACAACUUGUAGGAAAACAUUUCAAUUUAGUUAUUGAUUUUAUAAAUAAACCCACUUUUUAAGAAUUUUCAAUAAAAACUCAAGCAGUUACAAGUUUUUCAAAAAAUAUUUGAUUUUUAAAAAAAUUUCAUUAAAAUUUAGGAGGUUUUUAAGGAAAUAUUAAGAUUCUGCAGACGAUUUUUCAAAUUAUUUUCGAAAUUUCAACUAUUUCUGGAUCGUUUGACAGAUAACAGAGUAGAUAUAGACAUGUCCGGGAAAAUCGGCCCAUAAAUGGCUAAUAUAUAAGCAAAAAAAAAAAAAACAAAACUACCUCGAUUGUUGACCUAUUUUGUUUAUCUUUAUCUGGAUUACUAAGUCUUUCACAUAUACAAUAUUGACCUUUCCAACGCCAUAGAAAUUUCGACAAACAAUGGGUCAAUAUAGGGAAAAAUAUUUUUUAAAGCAAUAUUUUUUCAUUAAACAUUUUUUCAAUAUUUUUCCUUAAGUAUAAUUACAUUCGGCACAGCCAAAUAUAACUCUCUUACUUGUUUUAUUUAACCUCAAUAAUUUAUUUGACUUUUAUGUUCCAUGAAUCUUAAACAAGAACUGAAUAAAGAUUUAAAAAGUGAAGUGCAAGUGAAUUUUUAACUAAAUCAAUUAUUUCUAAAGAGAAGAAGAAAACUGGAAAACGAAAACGUUUUAGUUAAACAAAAUUAAAACUCAGGCAAUGAUUUGAGAGUUAAAUUUGAAAAUUUUUAAAGUGAUUUUAUGAUUUAAUGGAAAGGAAACUACUUUUUACAACAAAGAAAAUGUUUUUUGGAAAUAAUUAAAGGGCCACAUAAAUAUGUAUUAAUAUUUUGAAAACUAAAUCACAGAUAGACAUUUCUUAGAAAUAUGCAAAUUCUGAAAUUCACUCAAAAUCAAACACACCCACCAAAUCAUUAACCAUACUUCACUGACAGAAAUGUAUUUAUUGUAUGAAUUGUAAAUGUGUGUGCAUGUAUUAGGACUUAAAUUAAUAUUGAUAUAGUUAUUUAAUUUAAUGAAAAGAAAAGCAAAUAGGAAUACAUUAUUAAUUUUUGUGAUAUUCAAAUAGAAAACCAGACGACACGUUAAGGACACAAUCCUAGAAAACAUAAAAA